CGCGCAGUCACGUGACCAGAACCGGGCGCGGCGCGGCGCGCUCCCCCUUCCUCGCGACUCUCAGCCCGGACGCGGAGGCGCUGCCGGGCCCUGGCUGCUGCCCUCGCGCCCGGCUGCCCCUCGCGCCUUCUGCGGGCGCGGCCAGCGCCCACCCCCCGAGCGAGGAUGCGGCCUGUGGCGCCCGCGGCCGCGCUCCUCUGCCUCCUCCCGGUGCUGCUGCCCCGGAGCGCGGCCAGCUCCGGGGAACUCCCGGAAACAGUGCCUCUGCCAACAAAUGUUGUAAUAGAAUCCUUGAACUUCAAGACUGUAUUGCGCUGGGAUUACAUGCGCAUGCCUGAACCCCCUCACUUUAUUGUGGAAAUCCAACCUUAUGAGCUAGGGAAAUAUAAGCCAGUCAGCACCUGCAUGAACACAGCUAAAUAUUAUUGUGACCUCUCUAAGGAAAUAGAAGAUCCGAUUCAGUCUCACUGGGCUAGAGUUAAAGCUUUCAUUGGGUUAGAAGAGUCUGAGUAUGUUGAGACCAAAGAAUUUGUUCUGCGACGGGAUGGAAAAAUAGGACCGCCAACUCUGAAUGUCUCAAUUGAGGAAGACCAAAUCAGGGUUGAGAUUCGCCUCCCACGUGCUGUUCGAAAAUAUAAGGACUUCACAUACAAGGACUUCACGUACAAGGUGUUUCUUUGGUCCAAUGAAGAGCUGAUUGAAGAGCGUGAAGCAGGACCAUGUAAGAAGCAUUCAUGUAGCAUAGACAUUCCAUUUGUUUCUACUGUUUCCACCUACUGUGUUUCAGCUCGAGGACGUUCAUCGAUUGUUUCAGAUCGAGGAUUUUCCCAGUCCAAUAAAAGUUGCAUUCAUGUUCCUUUAAAACAGCCACUAGACUUAAAAAAUAUUAUUAUAGGUGUUGCUGUUUUCAUUGGACUUGGACUGAUUUUGGCCAUGUAUUAUCUUUGCAAGCAACUAAAAGAGAGAAAAAUUGAACUACCCAAGUCUUUGGUCGCUGUGAUACGAAAUCUGAACUCGCGCAACGUUUUAGAACCAAAACCGGAAGCAAAAUAUAUCUCUGUCAUAACCUCAUCAUCACCCAAGCCAAUGUUUUCAGUGAGUGACGAGGUAAACUUGAUAGACCAAGUAGACCAAGUUAAAGAAAUAGGGACCCCUAAUCCUGAAGACUGCAGUGAAGAAACAAACACUGUCAGCUCCCAGGAGAUAUCAAACAAAACAGAAGAGAUGUCUAUCCAUGAAAGCAUUGCUGAAAUGACCCCUGAUGAUGAAGAGAGCCCCAGAGUGAAAGAGAAUUAUUUUCAUUCUAAUAGUAGCCAAACGGAGUUAAAUUGUAUUCCUUCAGACCCAGAGCCUUCCAACACAGAGGUGCAAGAGUCCCUUAUCCUAAAGAGCUGCAACAAGAUUUCUGGUUAUGACAAACCUCAUGUACCAAUGGAUCUCCUCAUAGAUGUCGGUGAAGAGGAGUCUGUGAUUGCAUAUAGGCAUACUGAUGAAGUGCAUGAGUCAUGAAGAGAAUCAUUGAAGACUACAAGGAGUCCCUUUUUGUGUGCACAACAUAGACAUUUAGAAGUUUAUGAACAUCUUAGUCCUAAUGGACUUAUCAGUGUGACUUCUUAGAGCAGACUCUUAAAAUUGAAGGGAACUCAAAUGGAAACUGCAACUAGUGUUGUCUCUGACAGUGCAGAAAAGGGGGAAGUGACUGUAACAUAUUGGUUCUGCUGUGAAGGUGUAUGUCUUACAUUAAGCCACUUGGUGGUUUGCCUUUGACAUUUUCCUUUAGGCUAUUAAAGAACUAUCUUUAUAUGAAAGGAAAGAUUCUGCAGUAUCCUAAAUAAAGUCAACUGAAGAAUCAUCUAUACACCAUAUCAGUUUGGGAAUUCCCAAUUCCAUGGCUAAGAACAGAUUAUAUUGGAGCCUGUUCUGGAGCUAGAAGUGCUGUAUGGUGGGUCAUAAAUCUGUACAUCUGCACUAAUUGCAAGACAGUGUGCCACCCCUUCAGAAUGCCCACGUUGUACAUUUACACUUAUUGACACAGCUAUCUCUUGUGCUUAUAGCUUUAUCCAUGGUUUGUAUACAGAAGUCCUAUUGUGCAGUCACAUCUUAUGCUCUGAGAAACCUGUAUGUUAGCAUGCUACCUGACCCUAAUUGCAAAAGACUGUUGUACUCUUAGCUGCACUAUUUCUAAAGAAGCAAGACUAUUAAGCAGCAGUUAUUAAAAAUGUUUAGCACUUUUCCUCUAAAGAAUUUUUAUCCUAAUUCUUUAGAUAUACGUGGAUUGCUAAUAAUUCCAUUGCACUUUAUGGAAAUAAUAACUGUUUUACUAGCAAAUUGAAAAUGCCCAUUUAAUAGCAUUUUUUCAUCUUCUUGAGAGACAGAAUAUUUUUGGGUAAUUUAGUGUAGUUAAUUAGAUCCCCUGAUGGAACUCUGAAGCAUGAAGCUAUCAAACUGAAGAUAAAAGGUUUGGAUUUUAUCUCAAUUCUUCAUUACUGUUUAAAGGCCUGCAGACACGAUGUGGAGACAGGAUUUUAUUGUGUUGCCAGAAGUGUUUUAAAAUGGAUCCAAAUGAAGCUAGGAAACAAUACAGGAAAGACUGGAAAUGUAUAAUUUUGCAGGUACAUACUGUAUACAAAGUAAUAUUCAUCUUUAUUUAAUGGGUGCAUUGUGUAGAGGUAUUUCAUGUGUUUGAAAAUGCUUAAUUCUUGCCAAAAUAGUUGCACUUUGGAGCAAACUGAAUGUUUUAAUGGGGAACUGUUAAUGAACUUCACCAAAGAACAAUAAAUGUAAAGACAAAUCUUUCACUGACAUGAACACUCA